AUUUAAAAAAUGUCCAGUGCUUGAGAGGUGAAGGAUGCAGGACUGGUGAUGGAGGCAUAGUGGUAAAAAGUACAGAGGGAUGAUGAUUUUGAUGAAUGCACGAUGGCUAGAGAAGGAUGCGAUGGUGAUGACAGAAUGAUGUACAGAUGGAGGGAUGAUGUUGAUGAAGAGAUGAUGAUGAUGAUGAUGUCAUUCUUUUAAGUGCGCAGCCCUGCUGAAUCCACAUCCGGGUCCUGCGCUGCUGCUGGUGUGCAGAGAUUCGGUCCCGAACGUAGCGGACCAAAAUAGCGGUCAAACCCGACACUUUGGACGUUCAGGACGCGGAAUAAAUGGGAAUGAUGCAUCCCUGGUUUAAACAGAUAAGGGUGAUCUGCUCUUUCACAGACUGAAUGCAGAGCAAAACAAUCCGCCAGCCUGUCUCUCUCUCACCACCGCCGCGCUCAGUUUAUAUCUCUCGCUUUCUUUUCGUCCUUCUCUUUUAUCUGGUUUUUAGCUUCUCCACAACAGAACUCCCCAGGACUUAUUUUUAGUGGAUUCCUAAGCAGCAAAGAUGGGUGCAUUCCUGGACAAGCCAAAGAUGGAGAAACACAAUGCCCAUGGUGAAGGCAACAGCCUGCACUACGGCCUGAGCAGCAUGCAGGGCUGGCGUGUAGAGAUGGAGGAUGCGCAUACUGCUGUCAUUGGUCUGCCAAAUGGCUUGGAACCCUGGUCGUUCUUUGCUGUUUACGAUGGGCAUGCAGGAUCGCAGGUGGCACGUUACUGCUGCGAGCACCUCCUGGAGCACAUCACCAGCAACCCUGACUUCCAGGGUGGAGGCGGAAGAGGAGGUCCAGCCGUGGAGCCCAGCGUGGAUAGCGUGAAAUCUGGAAUCCGUACUGGUUUCCUGCAGAUCGACGAUCACAUGCGGCAGAUCUCGGAGAAGAAGCACGGUGGUGCCGACCGCAGUGGCUCGACGGCUGUCGGUGUGAUGAUCUCACCCCGCCACAUCUACUUUAUCAACUGCGGAGACUCACGGGGUUUGCUGAGCCGCGGAGGGGCUGUGCACUUCUUCACACAGGACCACAAACCCAGCAACCCCUUGGAGAAGGAGAGGAUCCAGAACGCUGGAGGAUCUGUGAUGAUCCAGCGCGUCAAUGGGUCCCUGGCAGUGUCCAGGGCUCUGGGGGACUUUGAUUAUAAGUGUGUGCAUGGUAAGGGUCCCACGGAGCAGCUGGUGUCGCCGGAGCCCGAGGUGUAUGCUAUCGAGCGGUCGGAGGCAGAGGAUGAGUUUAUUGUUCUUGCUUGUGACGGGAUUUGGGAUGUGAUGGCCAAUGAGGAGCUGUGCGAUUUUGUUCGUUCACGACUGGAGGUGACUGACGAUCUGGAGAGGGUCUGCAAUGAAAUUGUAGAUACCUGUUUGUAUAAGGGAAGUCGUGACAACAUGAGUGUUGUGUUGGUGUGUUUUGUUAGUGCACCGAAGGUUACCCCUGAAGCUGUCAAAAGGGAAGCGGAGCUUGAUAAAUACCUAGAGAGCCGAGUAGAAGAGAUCCUGAAGAGGCAGGGGGAUGGAGGUGUGCCCGACCUGGUACAUGUGAUGCGCACGUUAGCAUCUGAGAGCAUCCCCAACCUACCACCUGGAGGAGAGCUGGCCAGCAAACGGAGUGUAAUUGAAGCAGUAUACAACAAACUUAACCCAUACAGGAACGAGGAUACAACUUGACUGAAAAUCAGGCACCUUGGGUGCUCUUUACUUCAGCACUCAGCACUUGAUUCUGAUGCUUUUCAUGACUACCAACCUUGACCUGCCACACCUCAGGCUGUUCUUCCAGUUCAUGACUCUGCAUCCACGGAUGACAUGUGGUAGCCCCACCCCUUUAAACACUGCACAGAGUUUACAACCCUCCAGAACCCUGCACAACAACCUUUCCUACAGGACCCAGCACCAGAACCCUGCACAAGAACCCUCAACUACUACAGAACCUGCACAAGAACCUACCACAGCCCAGCUCAGCUGCUCUGGACUGUUCGGAGGAAGAAGAGGCGGAAGAAGAGGAAGGGAAUGAGGGCUCCCUCCCCUUGUUCACAUAACGUUCCCUCUCAGUGCUAGGCAAUGGUACCUUCUGGAAAUUUUCUGCAUACUCUUCUGUCCCGAAUCACUCUUUUCCCAAAUCCUUUUAUCCUUAACAUCACCCUCUUAAAAAAAAAUCCAACACUUUUUUCCAUUUAAAUCUUUUUUUUUUUUUUGGUGUAAUUAAUUUGAUUCACAUUUCCUUGUGUGUUUGUAUAUUUCAGCUUUUAUUUCUGUGAAGUGCAAUUGUCUUGUACAAAGAAAAGCCUGUAUCAAAUGCAGCUUUAGUUUUAAGUUUAUAAAAAAAGAAAAAAGGCACACCUUUAUUGCCCUGCCUGCUUUUGUUUCCUUUCCAACCGCUGAAGCCCAACACAUCUGCCUCUCAUCUGCUUUCCUUUCACUUCUUUGUUUUUUUCCUUUUUUAAACAAAAUAUAACUUUUUGUAUUGUUACUUUUUAAGUGAAACGGGUAAAUGAUAUGGGCUCACAGCACAGUACAGUAAGCUUUUUUGUAAAUCUCACAGCACGGAUGACAGUAAUCGUUAUGUUCUCUCAGUACUACUGUUUUUCUUUUUCUGGUGGGGUGGGUCUUUUAUUUUCGCCCUUUGUUUUUUUUCUUUUCAGAGGAAACCGCUUGAACUUAAACUAAGCUGAAAUUGUGUGCGUGAUUGUGUGUGAGAGAAUGAGCGAGUCUUAUGAGAAAUCAAAGGUUUGUGUUGUGUGUGUGUGUGUGUGUGUGUGUAAGAAAGAGGAUGCCUGUUUGAUCCACCAAACUAUUUCCAUAGUGCAAAUUUUGUGUGUGAUUCUGUUACCUGAUGCACCAACCCUGAUUCUCUCUCUUAUCAUCAACACUAGGACUCUACAGUGUUCUGCACUACUGCAGCUUCUUGAUUUGUUUUAAGUUGAUCUAGGAGCAUUUUAAAGGAUUUCCUGCACUUGCUGAAAAAAAGUAAUUGUUAAGAAGCACUCAGAACUGGGACAGGCCCUAUGAAGUGCGUUUAUGUGUGUGUUUGGUUGUUAGUGCAUAUGGUCUGAAUGGAUGUGUGAGAUUGCAUGUUUAUUGUGCUUAAAAUUAUGUGGGUUUUAAUGGGGAUAUUUAGGCUUUUGACACAAAUAUAUAAGGCUUUAGCUGUAGUGCUCGAUCACCCAUCUGCACUGCUGAGAGAGUGAUGAGUGAAUGCUUUCUGAGAUUAACACUCAACUCUGAUUUUUCUUCUGCUUUAACCAUUCGCUUCAUCUCGUGUUGAUUUGUUAUGUUUUAUGUUUCUCUUUUUUUUUUUUUUGGAUGUGGUGAUUUCUAUCUCUCUCUCUCUCUCUUUUCAAAGAACAAAUACAGUGUGAUGCAGUGAGCUGGCCUGGUUUAGGCCAGAGCCUGCUUGUGUUCCUCUGACCAAUAGGGAGCGCAACAGAGUACUGUUUGCUGCUAAAGUGUGUGAUUGAAUCAUUCGUUCAUUCAUUUGAAUGCUCUUAGUUAAUAUUCUCCCACACCUUUUCCCCCAAUGCUGUAUGUAACAUAGUUCUGAAUUAAUUUAAUUGUAUUUUUUUCAGAGAGAUUGUCACUUGUUCAUUUGUCCUGGUUGUCUGAAACGUGACACGGUAAAAUCACCCCCUUCGUCCUUACCUUCCCAAACUAAAUUUUAUGUAUGGAGUAGAUUAUAUGAACAGGAAUUCCCUUGCAUCUAAUAAAUAUAAGUUAGCUUUUUAGGCUAAUCCUGUGUAUUUGCAUACUGAAAAAAGGGUAGGUAAAAAGAUCACUACUUUUGAGUCUUUUUCGUGAACCUCACAGGGUGAUUUAUUAAACUAAUAUUGUAACAAAAUGACAAUCUAACAGUGUAUAGCUAAUGUUAACGAAAAAUCUCCCUGUAUCCUCUAUGCUUUCGGCUUGUGUUAUAACAUGGGCAUAAAGAUAGUUGUGUUUGUGUGUGGAAUGGUGAGCUGUGUGUUUUCCCCAGUGGAAGCUGGAAUGUUGUGUAAUAGGAGAUUCACGAAAUGAAUCUAAAAUUAACAGGAUAUUUUAGGAUGGUCUUAGAGGCCAGGAUAUGUUCAUGUGUCUUUAAGCUUUUUUGGAUUCGCAAAGCUACAUGGAAUCACUUUAGGAAUGUAGACACGAGGAACGACGACUCUUAAUAGGAUUCUGUUGGCUUGCUUGACACUCAGUUUGGUCUUAUACGAGCUUAAAAAUCACUUGUAUGAAAAUUAACAAAUUAUGUGACUUGUUUUGAAAAAAGCAUUUUGUUGUAUGUGCAGUUUUGAGAUUCUUGGACUGCUAUUACACAGAUUCUCCUCCUUCGUCUUCGUAAGACUUCCAGAUGGUUUUUAGAUGGGG